GAAAGCGGUUUAAAUUCUCCCGUCGAAUAUGUCGUCAAGCCAUAAAAAAAAAUCUUGGGUUAGUAGAAAACUACAACAAAAGUGGACUAAUCGGAAUUGCUAUCCAAAGAUACCAAACUAUCACAUACUGACAAACAUUGUGGUCUACCAAGUUGUCCAGAUUAUGGUUUGUAUUUAGGAGUCGAACACUUCAAGUGGAAUCAUAGUCAUGGAAAAGGAUAUUACUUGGCCCAUUCUACCCGGCGGCAGUGACUCUGGCGAUAGCAAGCGGGUAAGAAUGGCUGAUCCGGGAUCUACCGUUAGAGGCGAGAGCAGACCUGUGAAACUACCAAAAAUCGAAGAGAACGGAGAUGUAGGGUCGACAUCGGACGCAACAAAGGUCCCUGUCGAUUCACAAAUGGCUGACGUGACAAUUAACGAUCUAGACAGAAAAACAAACGCCUGCCACGGAGUAGUGUCGGUCAUGGGACGGCAUAGAGCUAUGACAACCGCCGUUUCUACCGUCGUUAACGAGAUCCCGUCUUACGAUAUUUUCGGAAUUUUCGACGGUCUUAGACUAGCUAAAUUCUUUGAGGAGAGGCUGCGUCGGCUCGUGAAGGAAGAGGUAGCGUCAUGCCAUAGUCGUGGAGUGGCGGCUGACUGGAAUAAGGUGAUGAGCUCAUGCUUUUCGGAAGCGGUGGGGACGGUGAGGUCUGCGGCUGCCAAAGCUGUGGUUACGAUUAUAGGAAAAGAGGAGGUGGUUUCGUUUUGUCGUGGCGGCGCAAGGGCGGUUCUUUACUCUAACGGCGAGGUCGCUUUGCCUCUUUGCCAUAUCCAUAUUCACCAGGUUAUGAUGUUUGGUCUUCAAAGAAAAAGUAGCAAGGAGAAACCCCCACGACAAACUGAACGGCUAGACCUAAGGUGCAAAGAUCAUAUCAAAACGACCAGAGAUGUUUCUGAUCCAAAAAGGCGAUUACUUCAGAUUGAUGUCCAAGAAAUCUGUGACAACUUUGAGAAGAGAAUGAUGAAAGCCCUCAAAGACAUCAGGAAGAGCCAUAGGAAGAGCACAUCCACACGUGCACCUGUAGCUGAGCCAUCAUUGUUCAUCAGUGAAAAACCUAAAGGUAAAUCUGAAACCCAUGUUGAAGAGCUUAAAGAUUUUUCAGAUUAUUUACCAAUCUUUGAUGAAUCUGAUGAAGAGCCAAUUGAAAGCUUGUUUUCUUGUGAGAAAAAUUGUGAUCUUCAUUUUCUUGAAUCUGAGUUUAUGAAUGAUAAUGAACAGACUAUUGUAGAACUAACCGUUUUGCAACCGGAGCAUCCGAGUAGUCUUGUUUUGUCUCAACAGGUUUUUGAGGAAGAGCCACUGGACUAUCCACGUCAAGGACCACGUCUUGAUGCUAGGAACCCCUUGGAUGAGGAUCUAGGUCCUAUCUUUGAUGAGGAGGACGAACCUGGCCCAGCCUUUGAUGAAGAAGCAACAAGCAUCACCUCCAUCGUCAUGGAUUGCCAUCUAUGCUUUGAUCCCGACAUAACUCCAGCCUCUUUGUCUCCUGAUCUUCAAGAAUCAGUUCUCAUGAUGUGA